AAGUUUUUACGUUUGAAGAUUUUUCCAAAACAGUAGAAAUUUUUAGUAAAAAUGCGUGAAAAAGUUUUUGUGGUCUAUGGGGGAGGGGAAUGAAAAAUUCAAGGUUGGUCUGAUAACCUUUAGCGCCCACAGUAAAUGCUGCCGAAAGGCAGCCAACUGUGAUGUUCACUUUUAAUAAAUUUUCAUAAGGAUGUUAAAGGAAAUCCAUCGAGCAAAACAAAAUCUUUAUGCUUCAAUAAUUUAAAAAAGCCUUAAAAUUCUCAUGAAAAGAAAAAACGCAUUUUAUUGUUUCUCCUGACAGUAAAAUAAUCCUUUAUUUAUUCGACGAAGAAUGCAAUUUUCAAGUACUUUAUAUGAUGCUGGCAGCACUUGGAGAGAUGAUAUGGUAAUGUUUAGAGCAAAAAUGAACGAAGUGUUAGUGUCCUCGUUAAAAUUAUUUACCAUUGUUGUGAUUUUACAAUCUGAGAGUAAUCAAAAUCUUACGAAGGCUUUCGACAGAUCAAGUUUGAACAACGAAGACGAUAUUACUCCUUUGUCAGAAGAAGAAUUGAAAUAUUACAAUCAUCUUGGAAAGCUUGGGCAACAAGGCAAACUAAUGAAGGGCGAUAUCGAUGAACUAGGUUAUUUCCCAAAUGGAAAAGACUUUUAUGAAUAUUUCGUUCGUAAAAGAAAGCCUUUAAUCGUUCGUGGGGCAGCAAGGCAAUGGCCAGCCUUUGAACUCUGGCGUAACGAAACCUACAUGAGAUCAAAUUAUGGAAAUACAUAUUUUGAAGUCGACUUCACCAAAACUUACGAGCAAAAACCACCUAUUAAAAAAACCAUCACUUUGAACAAUUUUUUUGACAUUUACAAAAACAAGGAGGUGUACUUAGACAGUGCUUUUCCACAGAGCAAUUUAACAAAACAUAUAUACAUACCAUAUUGCUUGCAAUGCGAGGAAAUUAUGCCUGGAAUAUCAAGCAUUCAUUUACUCUAUAGCAAUGGAGGUACUAGCUAUGUUCUUCAUCAAGAUGGUUAUGAGAAUAUCUUGACAGUUCUAUCAGGAAGAAAGGUUUUGUUGCUUGCCAAUUCCUCAUAUAGUUCACGACUUCAUUCCGAUGAAUAUCUCACAGUUCCUGGAUUGUCUCCAGUUGACCCUGAAAGGGUUGAUCUUAUUAAAUAUCCUGGCUUUGCUGGUGUACCAUUUCACAAGGUCGUCCUUGAGGCUGGUGAUUCACUGUAUAAUCCACAGCUAUGGUGGCAUCAAGUGAGAUCUUAUGAAUCACCAAACAUAGGCGUAAGCCUUUGGUUUUCACAAUUUUCUGUUGACGAUGACAGUUUGUUUGAAUAUGAAAUGAAAGAAGUUGCUGGGAAUGCAAAAUUAUUUGAAGAAGCAGUUGCAAACUAUUCUGAAACAAUAUCUUGUCGAAAUCAGAAUCUUCCAAUUGGUCAAUUUUACUGGCCAGAUGAUGAGAAAUGGGACAGUCCUUCAUUAGAAAAAUACAAAUCGGGAGUGAAGAAAUUGAAGAUGUUGUCUGGAUAUGAAAUUCCUCUACUGGGCUUUGGCACUGGUUUUCUCAUAGAUGAAGCUAAAAUGUCUACAUUAACCGCAUUAAAGUCUGGUUACAGAAUGGUAGACACUGCAGCUGCAUAUCAAAAUGAGGAAGCGAUAGGUGAAGCAAUUGCAAUGAGUGGAAUACCAAGGGAAGAAAUAGUUAUUGUUGAUAAAAUACAUCCUAAGGAUUAUUAUUAUGAAGGAGCUACAAUUGCAUCUGUGGAGACAUCUUUAAAAAAGCUAAAGGUGGAUUUCAUUGAUGUCAUGUUGCUUCACGCUGUUGACUGUGAAGAUGAUGAUGGUCGUAUAAGCUGUAAGAAACCGCUGAACACAACGAGAAAUUGGGAGGACGCUUGGAAAGAACUCGAGGUCUGCGUUGAUGAAGGAAAAAUACGAACUAUUGGCGUGAGUAAUUUUGAAGUUAGUGAUCUUCAAAGAUUACUGGAUAUAGCACGUCACAAACCGUCAAUUGUGCAAAACCUGUUCGACCCGUUUAUACAAGAUUUGGAGACUAGAGUUUUUUGCAAGAAUCAUGGAAUCAUCUUCAUGGGAUACAGCACGCUUGGUCGAUCAUGGUCAGAUUUGGACUUUCCAUACAAUCCAGUAUUCAACAGUUCAGUUCUACGAGCCAUUGCGUCAAGCUAUGACGUCACUGUUGCACAAGUUGUUCUUCGAUGGGCAUUAUGGGAAAAUGUGGUCGUUGUCCCUCGCUCCAGUAAUUAUCAACAUAUUGCGUUGAAUUUUGCCUCGCAAUACGUACCAUUGAAUGCACGUGAUGUGCGCAUGAUCAGAAAUUUACAGGGUCAAAUUAACGAAGAUGAAUUUAAUGAAGCAUUUGAAAAUAAGUAUUCAGCUUUAAACAAAGAACACAAACAAAAAAUAGUCGACAAUCCAUCUAUCAUUGUCGAGCGCGUCGUAAACAUGAAAACAGACGAUGUUCUUUUCUUUGGCUCAGAUGAUCACUGGAUAUACGCUCUUGAUGCCAAAAACGGUACGUUGCUGUGGAAACAUAUAACAGCUGAUGAAACGGGCUCGGUAUGCAUGAUCAGCGGUACAGUUUUAUACUGUGGAGCUGAUGAUCAGUAUAUGAGGGCGUUCAAUGCUACAAAUGGUUCUCUCCUAUGGAAAUUUCAUACCCGUGAUUCCAUUACGUCAUCAGUCAGACUGGGUGGUUCUGGAAACUUAUAUUUUGGUUGCCUUGACAACUAUUUAUAUUGUGUCAGCCCAGAAGGUACUUUGAUAUGGAAAACUGACAUUGGAUCACCUGUGUGGGCGACUCCGUCGAUAGCAUUUAAAGGAAAGUAUGUGAUGAUUGGUGGAUUUGAAGGAGAUGCGGGAAAGAGUCACGUGCAUGCUAUUGAUGCAGAGACUGGGGAGAGCGUAUGGUCUGCUCCUAUUGGUGGAAUAUUCGCUUCACCUGCAGUGGACGAAGAUCGCGGUAUCGUAGUAUUUUGUACACUCCUGUCCAUGUGUUACGGAUUUCGUGUGGAUAAUGGGGAACAAUUGUGGAUGAUAGAAGUUCAUUCUGGAACUUACUCGUCCCCAUCUAUUCACAGAAAUUCAGGGAUAGUGUAUGUUGUCUGUCUUACAGGAACAUUUUACGCUAUUGAUAUUAAGAGUGGUCGUCAACUGUGGAAAAAACCAGUGUUCAUCCCUGAAGUUCGAUCAUCACCUCUAGUCUUGGAUGAUGGUCGGAUCUUCCUUGCAACGGGUGGAGGUCUGGUACUGCUUAUCAAUUCAAAGAAUGGAGACGUCAUUUGGUCUAAAACCAUCGACGAGUCAGAAAUUUUCUCUUCUCCAAAACUUUCGAACAACGGUUUGCUCUAUGUUGGUACAAUUCGUGGCGAAAUGCUUGCAAUGAAUGCGACGACGGGAGAGAUUGUGUGGUCUUACAAAACAGAUGGUCCAAUUGUUGCUACAGUUCGCAUUAAUAAUCCUUACAUUUCCUACAUUGCUGAAGGGCAACAGUUUAACGAGUAAAAAAUCGAUGCGUUGUCACCGAUAAAAAGCAACAAUUUUAAUUCAUGUCAAGCACCAGAAUAAAAUUAAUUUCUAGUGAGAA